UCACUCCUAUGCAGAGAAGAUACUGUUGUCAGAACAGAAAUCACACUUCAUGGGUACAGAAACUUUAAUGAACCAAAAACUGCAGAAAAUAUUCUUGUUAGGUACUGCAUUAUUGAUGUCAGAUGAAAUAAAAAAGGUCCUUUCAUAUCUCUAGUUCUCUUCUAUAUCUUUCAUUUUCUUUUGGGAGGGAAUAAAUUGCUCUUCUUCAUUAAAAUUCUCAAUCCACAGUAAAAGCACAGACUACUGUUUGACCUGUGUGCUCCUGAUGGUGUAUAUGUGGCUCCCAAAGAUGAUCAGCUGUAAUGUAAUUUGAAAGUAAUUAGCUUAUUCUGAUUCUUUUUGCUUGCUGGCAUUUCACACUCUUCAUCAAGUCCUCUACUAGGGUAGCACACACCAGCUUAUUCACCAAAGUCUGACAAUCUACCUGUGACUUCUCGUUUGCUCUGUAGAAGAUGGCAGUGAAAGAUGUUCGUGGUGCUUUUCCUACAGUGGAUGUCCCAGACCAUGCCCACUAUACAAUUGGAACAGUCAUUCUUAUCGUGGGAAUCACAGGAACUCUGGGUAAUUUCCUGGUCAUCUAUGCUUUCUGCAGGAGUAGGACCCUUCAGAAACCAGCCAAUAUAUUCAUCAUCAACCUAGCUGUUAGUGACUUCCUUAUGUCCAUCACACAGUCUCCGGUAUUUUUCACCAACAGUCUCCAUAAACGUUGGAUUUUUGGUGAGAAAGGCUGUGAGCUGUAUGCCUUCUGCGGAGCUCUUUUUGGCAUUACAUCUAUGAUCACUUUGAUGGUGAUUGCCUUGGACAGAUACUUUGUCAUCACAAAACCUCUGGCUUCUGUUCGAGUGAUGUCUAAGAAGAAGGCCCUUAUAAUCCUGGUAGGCGUCUGGCUGUACUCUUUGGCUUGGAGCCUCCCACCCUUCUUUGGAUGGAGCGCCUAUGUUCCUGAAGGCCUGCUGACUUCCUGUUCCUGGGAUUACAUGACUUUCACACCAUCAGUCCGUGCCUACACAAUGCUGCUUUUCUGCUUUGUCUUCUUCAUUCCUUUGAUUGCUAUCAUAUACAGCUAUGUUUUUAUAUUUGAGGCUAUCAAGAAGGCCAACAAGUCUAUACAGACAUUUGGAUGCAAACAUGGAAACAAAGAUCUCCAGAAACAGUAUCAUAGGAUGAAGAAUGAAUGGAAGUUGGCUAAGAUUGCACUGAUCGUCAUCUUGCUUUAUGUCAUUUCCUGGUCACCAUACUCUGUUGUUGCCCUGGUAGCUUUUGCUGGGUAUUCUCAUGUUCUAACACCCUUCAUGAAUUCAAUACCAGCUGUGAUUGCCAAAGCUUCUGCCAUCCAUAACCCCAUAAUUUAUGCCAUCACUCACCCUAAAUAUAGAACAGCCAUUGCGACAUAUGUUCCCUGCCUUGGAUCCCUGUUGAGAGUUUCUCCUAAAGAAUCCCGAUCCUACAGCAGUUAUCCCUCCUCCAGACGAACCACCAUAACCAGCCAGUCUUCUGAGACAAGUGGGCUGCAGACAGGAAAAAGGCGAUUAUCUUCCAUCUCUGACAGUGAAUCGGGCUGUACCGAUACAGAAACUGAUAUCACCAGUAUGACCUCCAGACCUGCUAGCAGCCAGGUUUCCUAUGAAAUGGGCAAAGAUACUACCCAAACCAGCGACCUAGGAGGCAAACCUGAAGUGAAAAGCCACGAUUCUGGGAUUUUUGGAAAGACAGUUGUAAACACAGAUGAAAUACCCAUGGUGGAAAUUAAUGUCACAGAGCAUUCUGCUACAUCUACUUGCAAAACAUCUGAAAAAUGCAGUGUGGAGGAAAUUCAGAGAAGUGAGAGCCCGAGUGGCAUCGGACUAAAAGGAGAGCCUCGCCAUAGAACAUCCACAUCUCAGAUACCCAGCAUUAUAAUAACAUGCAGCAACAUACAAGGAGUAGAGCUGCCUGCUGGAUACAGCACUGGUUUCCUGUACCCAAAGAAGAAAAGCCACAAGCAGAAAAAGAGCUCCAACAGCUGAAUGGCAAAAGCCCAGAAUAUCACCCUUACCAAUACCUCUGGAGGAACCAUGAACCAGCUGAAUCCAGAAGACUCUCCCACCUUGCUCUGAAACACAGCACAAGACAAGCAAGAAUAAAAUCUAAGGGAGUAACCUGUUCAGUUUCCCAACUGACUCCAGUGCUUCACUUCUGAUCUGAGUCACACUGCAAUUUUAUUAUUUCGUCUUUUUGUGGCUCAAAGAAAUUAUUUCUCUCACUUGGAUUUUACUCUUCUCAGGCAUAUUAGACUGUUACAUGGAUCUUACCUACAAGCCUCUUUUGAUUAAUUUGAGAGAAAAGCGAAGUAUGAGAUCCAGCCUUUGUCCAAUUACUGUGGAGUAACUUCAAAGCUAUUUGGGGAAAACCUUAAAUUACUUUCUGGAGAUGCUUUCCUUAUUGAAGUUCCUCAAGCAAAUGAAAACACUCAAUGCUCCUUUCUCUUAGUAAUUAGAAAGUUCCCUCAUUUUCUUGUACAAAGCAAUUGAAAGGUAAUGCACUUGAGCACUAAUUUGAGGUCUCAGACAUUUUUUUAUUUCUGAGAUUCUAGAAGAUGAGAAGUCAUCUGCUUUUCCCUGGUGUUCCUUCUGGAGUACAAAAGUAAGUAGAUAGAAUUAAUUUACAAUCUGUAGAAGUUUACACCACAAGAAUGAUAAGGUAUAGUCAGUCCACAGUGGGGAUAUAUCCCUUUUAAGUCUAAAAACAUAGGGUAAAGAGAGCUAUUGAAGCAGUUCUUAACAAAAGGUGCCUCAAUAGUUCUCCCUUUGGUUGAAGGAAUAGAGGAAACCACGCAGGUCAUUUUGCCCUAAGUAAAUCAGUUCUUAUGUCAUAUCAGAGAAAGCCAUAGGACUAUACAAAUGUAACCAACUUAUUCCUUUGAAGGCAAAAAAGUUCAGUCAGUUCCAGAAGGCAUGGGUCAUUGAUUACAGCCAAAUGUUUGAAACUUACUUUGAACUGAAUUAAAAAAGGAGGUGAUAAUGACUUCUGAGGCAGCUAAAUAUCAGAUCACAAACAAGUGGCUAUUUCAGACAGGUAAAUGUUGAAAGUCUUGGGUGUUUCUACAUAAAUCAUAGGCAUUAGAAAUGGAAAAAGGAGUAGUGCAGUUUCUCCCUUCACCUACCACAACUGGGUAUUGUUUCCAUGCAGAAAACAAUGUUAAACUGACAAUAUAUAUACUAGCAAUAAGGAAAAAGACGGGGGAAAACAUCUUGAAACAGGAAGCCUGUUCAAAGAUGUUCAUCAAGCCUAAAGAAUUACAUUCUUACUGUUUUGGCUUAUAAAAUAAGAGAACAUAAAGCAUAUAAUUGUCCCCAUCUUUUGCCAGGAAAUCCAGGUGGCAGAAGGGAAGAAAUGCUAGCAAAUGUUGCCUAUUUAAUACAGGCUGCAAAAGGCUGAACACAUUAAGAAAAUAGGUCAAGGCUUACACAUGCUUUUUCUUGUGCUACUAAGAUGCAUUUGUGUACAACUUGCCAUUAAGAGCUAGACUUUUCACUCCUGUUACAAUUCCAUUCAGAAUUAAUAUUCUUGAAGACUGUACUCUGCUCUUCUGCAUUCCCUUCCACUUUUAGAGAGUAUUAAAAGAAUACAUUGAUGGCUAGAAAAGCCCUAUGAAUCCACAGCAUGUUGUUCUCUCUAUCCUUCAGCUCUAACAUGUACUAGAGAUUAGUUUGUGUCUAUAAAAAGAACUGCAGCUGUUAGUGCUUGUCUACUUACAAGAGGCUUGAAAAGCAUAUAUUAAUUAGGGAGAAUUUGUUUAGGAGUACUUGAAAACUCGUGUGUACUCCCUGUGUAACUAACAACCUCACCUUCCCUUCCCUUCUACUGACAUUACCAAAAUCAUUCAUGGAAAAGCCCACAAAACUCAUUACACCUAAAUCUCUCACUGAAGUCAUCAACACAGUAACCCCAGUGGCAUUUGGAAUAAAUCAUUAUUCGUUCUUAUUUCAUCUCAUUUUAGCAGCUUUAUUUGUGUCCUGUAUCCUCUAUUUGGCAGCCAUUCUCUCCGCUUUACUGUCUCUUUACACCCCUUAACAGAGAUGACUGAUUGGAUUAAAAUAAUUCAGGACUGAGGUGAUUCAUGUUUCAGUUAAAGUCAACUGUACAGGCUGUUCUGCACUAGCAAGACUGCUUGCCAUUCACCAUGCACUUGGGCAUAUUCCAGUGACGUGGAGGUGUGAAAGGACUAGGGCAAAACUGAGGCACUUCCCUUUGGCCUUUCAUGCUACAGCAGCUGUUCACAGAGCAGCCUGCUGGCAAAGGGAAUAGCAAGAAGUGCUGUGA